AUGGUCCAGUCGCUAGAAACAACAAUAAGGCCCAACAAGGCGAUAUCUCAAGUUUCAGGAAAGAAUUGCUCGAAAAAGUUUCAGGAAAGAGGAGGAAACGGGUACCGGGAAGCAAGAAGAGUGAAUAAACGGUUGACGAAGGCGGAAGAAUUGCCGGCGCAGUUGCCGGACAGAAGCUGCCGAAUCAACUCCGACAGGGAUCCGGGAGUCGACUGGAUCUCCGAGGAGCUAGAUACCGGAGGAAGUGGAAAGAGAGCCAGUUAA